GUGUGUCCCUGUCCGCGCUGCUGAAACGGGCUCUUCGAGGGAUCGGCGUCACAUGACUCCGCCUGCCCCUAGCCAGCGCGCAGACCGCCCGUCCCUCAGUUUGCUGGGGGAGGGUCGGUCGACAUCUCCCGGGGCCCUGGGGCUCUGCGGAGACGAGAAUAGGUUCCAGCAAGGAAUGUUCCUUCUAGGUUCAAGAAAUCCUAGCUCGGCGCCAGGUCCUGGAGUGUAAAUCUUGAGGGGGUUGGGGUGGGGGAAAGAGAGGGAGCGAUCCAGCGAGCGCCAGAGAGAGAGGCAGCGCUGCGCGCACCGACGAGGGGCUGCCGGGUGCCGCGCGAAGAAGAUGUAAGCGCGUGGGGUCUCGCUGGCCUCCGAGCACCAUGCAGAAAGGGAUCCGGCUGAACGAUGGCCACGUCGCGUCCCUGGGACUGCUGGCGCGCAAGGACGGCACACGCAAAGGCUACCUGAGCAAGCGGAGUUCGGACAACACAAAAUGGCAAACCAAGUGGUUCGCGCUGCUGCAGAAUCUGCUCUUCUACUUCGAAAGCGACUCAAGCUCUCGGCCCUCGGGGCUCUACCUGCUGGAGGGCUGCGUCUGCGACCGCGCGCCCUCCCCCAAGCCCGCGGUCUCUGCUAAGGAGCCGGCGGAGAAACAGCAUUACUUCACAGUGAACUUCACCCAUGAGAACCAGAAGGCGCUGGAGCUGAGGACUGAGGACGCAAAGGACUGUGACGAGUGGGUGGCAGCAAUCGCUCACGCCAGCUACAGGACACUGGCCACGGAGCAUGAGGCGCUCAUGCAGAAGUACCUGCACCUGCUGCAGAUAGUAGAGACAGAGAAGACGGUGGCCAAGCAGCUGCGACAGCAGAUCGAGGACGGCCAGAUCGAGAUCGAGCGACUGAAGGCAGAGAUUGCAUCCCUGCUCAAGAACAAAGACCGCAUCCAGUCCACCCAGAUUGUCACCCCCAAUGACGAGGACAGUGACAUCAAGAAAAUUAAGAAGGUACAGAGCUUCCUUCGGGGAUGGCUGUGCCGGCGGAAGUGGAAGACCGUUAUCCAGGACUACAUCCGGUCUCCCCACGCCGACAGCAUGCGCAAGAGGAACCAGGUGGUGUUCAGUAUGCUGGAGGCUGAGGCCGAGUACGUGCAGCAACUGCACAUCCUUGUCAAUAAUUUUCUGCGCCCACUACGCAUGGCGGCCAGCUCUAAGAAACCUCCCAUCACACACGAUGACGUCAGCAGCAUCUUCCUGAACAGUGAGACCAUCAUGUUCCUACAUCAGAUCUUCUACCAAGGCCUGAAGGCCCGCAUCUCCAGCUGGCCCACCCUGGUGCUGGCCGACCUGUUCGACAUCCUGCUGCCCAUGCUCAACAUCUACCAGGAGUUCGUCCGCAACCACCAGUACAGCCUCCAGAUCCUAGCGCACUGCAAACAGAACCGGGACUUUGACAAGCUUCUCAAGCAAUACGAGGCCAAGCCAGACUGCGAAGAGCGCACGCUGGAGACCUUCCUCACCUACCCUAUGUUCCAGAUCCCCAGGUACAUCUUGACACUCCAUGAGCUGCUGGCCCACACACCUCAUGAGCAUGUGGAGCGCAACAGCCUGGACUAUGCCAAAUCCAAACUAGAGGAACUUUCCAGGAUCAUGCACGAUGAAGUCAGCGAGACAGAGAACAUCCGGAAGAACCUGGCCAUCGAGCGCAUGAUCAUCGAGGGCUGUGAAAUCCUCCUGGAUACCAGCCAGACCUUCGUGCGGCAAGGUUCCCUCAUCCAGGUGCCCAUGUCAGAAAAGGGCAAGAUCACCAGGGGGCGCCUGGGAUCCCUGUCCCUUAAGAAAGAGGGGGAGCGGCAGUGCUUCCUGUUCUCCAAGCACCUCAUCAUCUGCACCAGAGGCUCCGGAGGGAAACUGCACCUGACCAAGAACGGAGUCAUAUCGCUCAUCGAUUGCACCUUAAUGGAGGAACCAGAAAACGCAGAGGAGGAAGCCAAAGGAACUGCCCCGGACAUAGACCACUUGGAUUUUAAGAUCGGGGUGGAGCCAAAGGAUUCCCCACCCUUCACAGUCAUCCUGGUGGCCUCAUCCAGGCAGGAGAAGGCAGCGUGGACCAGUGACAUCAGCCAGUGUGUAGAUAAUAUCCGGUGCAAUGGACUCAUGAUGAAUGCAUUUGAAGAAAACUCCAAGGUCACGGUGCCGCAGAUGAUCAAGUCCGAUGCCUCCUUAUAUUGUGAUGAUGUUGACAUCCGCUUCAGCAAAACCAUGAAUUCCUGUAAAGUGCUGCAGAUCCGGUACGCCAGUGUGGAGCGGCUGUUGGAGCGGCUGACAGACCUCCGCUUCCUGAGUAUCGACUUCCUCAACACCUUCCUGCACUCCUACCGUGUCUUCACCACUGCUGUGGUGGUCCUAGACAAGCUAAUCACCAUCUACAAGAAGCCCAUCAGUGCCAUCCCUGCCAGGUCACUGGAGCUCCUGUUUGCCAGUGGCCAGAACAACAAGCUUCUGUACGGAGAGCCCCCCAAGUCACCUCGUGCCACGCGCAAGUUCUCCUCCCCACCACCCUUGUCUAUCAAUACAUCAUCCCCAAGCCGCCGACGGAAGUUGUCCCUCAACAUUCCCAUCAUCACAGGCGGCAAGGCACUGGACCUGGCAGCACUCAGCUGCAGCUCCAAUGGCAUUACCAGCAUGCACUCACCCAUGUCUCCCUUCAGCAAGUCUACACUGGACUUCAGCAAGUCCACGCUGGACUUCAGCAAGUCCACGCUGGACACCAGCAAAUCCACGAUGGACUUUAGCAAGUCUGCAGUGGAUAUCAGCAAGUCUACGCUGGACUUCAGCAAGUCCACACUGGACAUCAGCAAGUCCAGGCUGGACACCAGCAAGUCCACGAUGGACUUUAGCAAGUCCACGCUGGACAUCAGCAAGUCCACGCUGGACUUCAGCAAGUCCACGCUGGACAUCAGCAAGUCCACGCUGGACAUCAGCAAGUCCACGCUGGACAUCAGCAAGUCCACGCUGGACACCAGCAAGUCCACACUGGAUAUCAGCAAGUCUACGUUGGACACCAGCAAGCUCUGCAUGACCAGCAGUUUCACCAAUAAGACUCCUGACGAAACUGAUACAACUACAACCACAACCACUACCACGACUCCUGCCUCAACCGCUACCCCAACUCCUACCCCAACCCAGACCCCCACCCUGACCUCAAACCCAACCGCAACCCCAACCCAUACCCCAACUCAGACCCCUACCCCAGCCGCAACCCCAACCCAGACCCCAAAUCUGACCUCAAACCCAGCCCCAACCCCAACCCGGACCCCAAUCCAGACCCCAACCCCAGCCCAAACCCCAACCCGGACCCCAACCCAGACCCCAACCCCGACCCCAACCCAGAUCACAACUCCAGCCUCAACCCCAAUCCGUACCCCAAUCCAGACCCCAACCCCAGCUCCAACCCCAACCCGGACCCCAACCCAGACCUCCACCCCAGCUCCAGCUCCAACUGCAACUCCAGAGAAGCCUGAGGAGCCCUCAGCCCUUAACAAGCAGAGCUCAGACGUACCCGUGAAGGAAGAGUCUGAUGUGGACCAGAACCAGAGUGACGAGGGCGACACUGAGGCGUCACCUACGAAAUCUCCCUCAACACCAAAAUCAGUCAAAAGCAAGAACUCUUCAGAAUUCCCACUUUUCAACUUCAACAAUGGAGUUGUGAUGACCUCAUGUCGUGAACUGGACAAUAACCGCAGCGCCCUCUCAGCUUCAUCUGCCUUUGCCAUAGCCACGGCGGGAGCCAACGAGGGCACUCCAAGCAAGGAGAAGUAUCAGUAUCGCAGGAUGUCCUUGGCCACCACAGGCCCUGCCAGUGCUGCCCUGCCAUCCUGGAGUCCCAUUCUCCCUCCCCAGUCCCCUUUGAUCCUUGGCCAAAUUCUACUCACAGCAAAGAACGCCAACCGAGAGAGCCCUCGGCACCCACUUCCACAGCAACGGUUCCACACCAAAGCACUGCCAGGGUUUCCCCCUGACCAGAGAAAUGGCGACAAGGAGUUUGUGAUCCGCAGAGCUGCCACCAACCGUGUGCUGAAUGUGCUCCGCCACUGGGUCUCCAAGCACUCUCAGGACUUUGAAACCAACAGUAAGCUCAAAAGCAAGGUGAUCAGCUUCCUGGAAGAGGUCAUGCAUGAUCCAGAGCUUCUGACACAGGAACGAAAAGCAGCAGCCAACAUCAUCAGGACUCUGACCCAGGAGGACCCAGGCGACAACCAGAUCACACUAGAAGAGAUCACACAGAUGGCAGAGGGCGUGAAAGCUGAACCCUUCGAAAACCACUCAGCCCUGGAGAUAGCAGAGCAGCUGACCCUGCUGGAUCACCUCGUCUUCAAGAAGAUUCCUUAUGAGGAGUUCUUCGGACAAGGCUGGAUGAAGGUAGAGAAAAACGAAAGAACACCUUAUAUCAUAAAAACCACCAAGCAUUUCAAUGACAUCAGUAACUUGAUUGCUUCAGAAAUUAUCCGAAACGAGGAUAUCAAUGCAAGGGUGAGCACCAUUGAGAAGUGGGUAGCUGUGGCUGACAUAUGCCGCUGCCUCCACAACUACAAUGCCGUGCUGGAGAUCACCUCCUCCAUGAACCGCAGUGCAAUCUUCCGACUCAAAAAGACGUGGCUCAAAGUUUCUAAGCAGACGAAAGCUUUGAUUGACAAACUCCAAAAGCUUGUGUCAUCAGAGGGCAGAUUUAAGAACCUCAGAGAAGCCCUGAAAAAUUGUGACCCACCCUGUGUCCCUUACCUGGGGAUGUACCUCACUGACUUGGCCUUCAUCGAGGAGGGGACACCCAAUUACACAGAGGACGGCCUGGUCAACUUCUCCAAGAUGAGGAUGAUCUCCCAUAUUAUCCGAGAAAUCCGCCAGUUUCAACAGACUGCCUACAAAAUCGAACACCAAGCAAAGGUAACUCAGUACUUACUGGAUCAAUCUUUUGUAAUGGACGAAGAAAGUCUCUAUGAGUCUUCUCUCCGAAUAGAACCAAAACUCCCCACCUGAAGCUACCCUCAACCUGCCCCAGCUACCCCCCAUGGACAUCUGCUAUAUGAUAUUGUACAUAAUCGUUUAGCUCCUCUGGAUUUCUUCUUCACUAUGUGCUUCUCCAAGAAUACAAAUCUGUUCUUGUUCUUAGAUUCCUGUAGAACCGGAAUAUGAAUUUCCUCACUGUCUCAGACUUUGCCCCGCCCCCUGCGGAGCCUGUUCCUUCAAACAGCUGCACCCCCUGUCAGCUCUCCCAGACCCUCACUCCAAUCAGAAGGAGAGACAGAACCACGUGACACAAGUCUCAAACUCCAGCCCUGCUUUGUCCCUCCCAGUCCAGGCCCCUGGGUUAGCUCUGGCCACCCAGGCAUCCUCUCCAGCAUGUUCCAUGUAGUUGUUAUAACUGGGUGGGGGGAGGGGGAGGAGGGAAGGGAAAGCCAUACCUGCAAGUCCAGUCCUUGACACCCCUUCCUGCUGAUGGUGAUGCCCCUUUCCAAAGCAGCUUCUUCAGCCAAAAUUGCAGGUCUCAACAGUCCCCAUCUGUCAAAUCCCAGUAAACCUGGCUGGAAGGGAGUCCUCUCAACUGAGAACCACGCCCCUUGCACCAAAUGCCACCACUUCUGGCACCAUGCUGCCCUCUGCUCUAGGAUUAACACCAGAUAGCAUGAAAAGCAGGCUCAGCAGAAGUGGACACAACCCUGGAACUUCUCUAGGAAAAUGUCAUGGUGACUCUGGCCAACCUCUGCCCAGCCUCCGCUGGAAGUCAGGAACACAAAAACGUCACUUCUCCUCUUUCAGCUGCCUGACAGUCACUACAAGCUUAUGUUGAGAUGCCCUGAGUCUGUAUACUUUGUGGUAAUUAGUCCCAUGACGUAGAAUUAGGAAAUCAAUAACCGAGUGUUUUUAUUGCAUAUACUGUAGUCCUGUCUAAAUGCCUUCUAGCAGGAAUAUAGUGAGGUAGUGCUUAUUCUGUGAAUAUUACCAUGAUUUUUUUACAUUGUACAGUAGAGAGAACACUCAGAAUUGGCAGGCAUGCUCCAUUACAGCAGACAGACAACUUUUGCUGUAAGCAAUACCUAGUGGUAUGAGAAUUCUAUUUCAAGCCCUAAAAUAUUUCAACUUACAGCUUGUUUGGAAAAAAUUUCCAUUUUUGUAAAAAUAUAUGUUUCCUGAUUACCUCUUGCUAAUAAAUCUAUUCUAUCUCAGGGUGAA